AUUGUGCUCAUCUGCAUACGUUCAGUACGAAAGAGUAUAAAUUUGCUUCCCGUCUCUGUAUUUUCAUCAAUCCAUUCUGAUAUCUUCAGACGAGUCAUCUGACGAGCCGAGGACUUACCUAAGUUGAAGCUGCACCAUGAAGCUGUUUGUCUGCACCCUGAUUGUGACGAUGGUUGUCGUCGCCAUGCUGGCUGACGAUGCCGAGGCUUUCGGGCCGAGGAGGCGUUCGGGUUCCGCAAAGUUAACCAGCAGCUUGAAAGCGGCUGAGCUGAGGGAGGUUGUGGAAGAGGCAAGGUCGCUCCUGGAUGACCUGGAGGAGACUGAGCAGCUGGAAGCCCGGGAGUUUGAGGACCUGAAGGAGGAAGACUUCGUCAAGAAGCGCCGCUAACUCCUGUAACCUGCAGCCUACCAGACGAACGGAGUGCCCAGUGGUGCCAGAUGGACAGGACUGGAGGCUAGCUAUAAAGGUUGAUGAAUAAAAUCGUGUAAAGGCAG